UAAAUUGCAAGUUUUGUUUGUGUUUGGUUUUGUUUUUGUUUUUUUCAUGCAAUUAAUGUAGUUUUACGGUAUUCUUACUUAAUAAUUAUUAUAGUAGAUAAAGUUAUCUUCAUCAAAAUAUAAUAGACAUUAGACAAUGAGAAAUGAGAAUCAAUGGUAAUACGAUAAUAAAUGGACUAAACAUUGUUUUAGUUCCUUACAGAGAUAAUCAUGUACCAAAAUAUCAUAGUUGGAUGAAAUCUGAGGAGCUACAGAAGUUGACAGCAUCAGAACCAUUAACUUUGGAAGAAGAAUAUGAAAUGCAGAAAUCUUGGAGAGAAGAUGAAGAUAAAUGUACUUUUAUUAUAUUAGACAAAAGAAUCUAUAGUGAAAAGAAUAAUGAAAUAGAGUCAAUGAUAGGUGAUACAAAUAUAUUUAUAACCAAUAAAGAUACUGCAACUGCAGAAAUAGAAAUCAUGAUAGCAGAAGAAAGAGCAAGAGGAAAAAAAAUUGGUUGGGAGGCUGUGAUCAUAAUGCUGUUUUAUGGAAUAAAAUAUGUUGGUGUAAAAAAAUAUGAAGCAAAAAUAUCAUUUGCAAACAAUGUUAGCAUUAAUAUGUUUAAAAAAUUGGGUUUUUCUGAACUAUCUAGAAGUGAGGUAUUUCAAGAAACUACUUUGGAAAAAAAUGUAUCGGCAGAUUGGACUGAAUGGUUGCAUAGACAAUUUAAUUUUGAAAUACAGAAUUGCUGACUACCCACUGUAAAUGUUGUUAGUUAAAAUGCAUUUUUAAAAAGCUUUUAUUAUAUUUGUUAUUGAAAUACAUCCAUUUCAUGAAUAAUAUAAUUAAAUCUUUGAAUAUA